AUGGCUGCUUUUCCUUCUCCUCAGAAUGUAAUGAAUACCCAGAUGCAGAAGUUUGGGUUUCAAAGCUCAGAAGUGAAACCAGAGUCGGCAGAAGCACAAGUGAUUGUUACCCUUUUGAUUAAGCACCUCCCUGAAGCUAUUCCUUUUGACACACUUUCAAGGCUUUUCUCUCAUUAUGGUGCUGCCUCUGUCCGUCCUUGCAAUUCUGGAAGAUUGAAAAAUUGUGCAUUUGUGGAUUUCAAAAGCGAAGGCUUGGCUUAUCAAGCGCAUCGUCAGUUAAAUGGGCUGAGGUUUCUUGGUAAGGUCUUAUCGGUGGAGAGAGCUAGUAAGCUAAAUGAGGAUAGUAGAUUUAAACAGAGUGAGGCUCAACAAGGAAAGGAUUCUAUUCUACCCACAUCUUUGAUGAAGGAUGCUUCUGUGACUAGAGAUGUCCUUGAAGGUUCAAAAUUUGGGUCCUUACCCGCUAGGGAACCAAUUGCUCCAAGGCUUGGUGUUGACUAUCCAUUUCCUCCUCACUUGGAGUACGCUUACCCUCCACCAGAUGGAAACAUUCUGACCAACAUCGUAAAUGCUCUUAUUGCUGUUCCUCGCUUCUAUACACAGGUGUUGCAUUUGAUGAAUAAAAUGAAUAUUCCAGCUCCAUUUCGAAUGGCCUUGCCCACUCCACCUCUACCGCCGCCAGCAACCCCACCUCCACCACCCCCACCUCCUUGUAUAUCUGAAAAGACUCUGUUGGCAGAACAAUCCAGUAGCGAGUCAGAAAUGGAGUCUGCAGAUGAGGAGGUUGAUAAUAAAGGCUCUUAUGGAGCCUCAGGAGCUGUUAAAUCCAGAAGAAAACGCAUCAAACGGGAAGCAGUUGUAGGACCUGCAGUUGAUAAAGACGUGGCUCAUGAGGCUGUUGGCCUGAGACCUGCAUCCUUGGUCCCAAAAGAAAUUCCGUUUAUCAAGAAAAAGAAUCCUGUGCUGCAGAUUAAGAUUGUGCCAAAAGUAAUUCAAAAUGAACAUAAAGAUGAUAGCAUUAUGACAAAAUCUGAGGAGCCAGACACAGAGAGUUCAGAUCAGAAACACUAUGCAACUGCAGAAGAAAUAGAGAGUAAAAGGCUUGCCCCAGAGGAAAUUUUAUCACUUCCAAAGUUUAAGAACUACACAGUUGGGAAUCCUGCACCUGUGUUGUACAUAAAGAACCUGGACAAAGAGGUGGUUGCUGAUGAUUUUUUCUACAUAUUUGGAUCAUUAUUUGGAAGCAUUGAUGCAGCAAAAACUGGCCUCAGUGUCAAGUUGAUGCAGGAGGGAAGAAUGAGGGGUCAAGCUUUUGUAACAUUUCCAUCAGUUGAACUUGCCCAUCAAGCUCUGAAUUUAGUGAAUGGAUAUGAUUUUUCUGUGGGCUUGAGCAUUUUGAAGUGGGGAAUUGUUUCGAUGAUGCAUUUCAAGAUUAAUAUUUCCUGGUUGUACUUGGUUGACAUAGACCUCAACCAACGAAAUUUGGGAAUUUCAGGAACUCAGUUUCAUAGUCUUACAUUCAAAGUGGGUCUUCAAUAUCAGGUUUAUGUACAAACUGCUCUUUUAAAUAUGUACUUAACGAGUGGGGUUUUAGGUGAUGCUAUGAUUCUGUUUGAUCAAAUGCCUGAGAGAAAUGUGGUUACUUGGAAUGUGAUGAUUACUGGAUUGGUUAAAUGGGGUAAACUUGAAUCUGCAAGUUUUCUCUUUGAUGAGAUGCCUGAAAAGAAUGUUGUUUCAUGGACUGGAAUAAUUGAUGGGUAUAUAAGAAACAACAACUAUAGUGAGGGUUUAUCUUUGUUUCAAAGAAUGUUUGUGUGUGAGGGUAUAAAACCUACUGAAAUAACUAUUCUUGCUAUUUUACCGGCUAUUUCUAAUACGGGGGAGUUAAAAGUUUGCAGCUUGAUCCAUGGUUAUGCAGAGAAAAGAGGAUUCAAUGCUUUUGAUAUACGUGUUUCUAAUUCGAUUCUAGAUACUUAUUCAAAAUGUGGUUGCAUAGCAAGUGCAUUGAAAUUUUUUGAGGAUAUUUCAGUGGAGAGGAAGAAUUUGGUAUCAUGGACAUCGAUCAUUUCUGGGUUUGCAAUGCAUGGGAUGUGGAAGGAAGCGGUGGAAUAUUUUGAAAGGAUGGAGAAAGCAGGUUUAAAGCCGAACAGAGUGACAUUCUUGAGUGUUUUAAAUGCUUGUAGCCAUGGCGGAUUGGUUGAUGAGGGGCUCAGGUUUUUUGACGAGAUGGUGAGUGAGCAUGGAGUUUCGCCUGAUAUUAAGCACUAUGGGUGUUUAGUAGACAUGUUGGGGAGGACAGGGAGGUUAGAAGAAGCAGAGAAGAUAGCGUUGGAGAUUCCUACUGAGAUUGUUAAUGUUGUGAUUUGGAGGACCCUAUUGGGUGCAUGUAGCUUUCAUGGUAAUGUUGAGAUGGGUAAGAGGGUUACAAGGAAGAUAAUGGAGAUGGAGAGAGGAUAUGGAGGUGAUUAUGUGCUUAUGUAUAACAUCUUUGCUGGUGCUGGGAGGUUCGAGGAUGCUGAGAGGUUGAGAAGACUGAUGAAUGAGAGAAAUGCCUUCAAACCUCCUGGCAAUAGUUUGGUGCCUGGUCCUGAGGAGCGGCCUAAGAAAGAUAUGGGAGCUGUUGAACCUAGCCGUAAUCAGAAAAGUGUUCACCAUCAUUCAUCAGAAAUGCAUGUUCCUCUUUCCUUCUUAUUUUUCACUGCAUUGGCAGUAAAGAUGUAG